AUGGGCUUCAGUGCUUGGAGGACUCGUAGAUGGGCUGCUGUUGACAGUUCUUGUCACGCCUACACAAUCCAAACCUGGACGAUGAGGAUGGGCAAUGACGAUAUGGAGUGGGUGAAGGAUGGCAUGGUCGACUCCUCUGAGCUCUGGGCCCUCGACACCUACAAGGGCCUCCAGUGCUUCCCACUCGACCACCUCGUCGUAAGCUUGGACGAACCUGAGGUCAUCUGCUUCUGGUUGCACGAGCCCCCAGAGGACGGCUACUGGAGCUAUAGAGACAGGACGGUACAAGUGCUGAUGGUCAACACGAGAAGCAAAACAAUACAUUCUGUCUCACGCUACGAAGAUGGGUUGUGGCACAGGGGAGAUGGACUAAUCCCUAGCAACGUAUCAUAUUUCUUCAAUUCUUAUCUAGGUAGUGGUAGUGAUGCUACAUUCACAGGACAAAGGCAGGAGGACAUUGAGAGGCCACCGCCGGUCAUCGUUGACGAGCAGCUAAAAAGAGAAGAUGACGAUGGCAGCAAUUCAACAAAACUUGCUUCGUUCGCUGAGUCUUCUGUGCAAGCAUCAGAGAUCUUUGAGGCAUUUCAGGAGAUACCUAGGUAUGGAUUGGAUCAUGAUGAGCUAAAAGUGUAUAGAAUUCUUAACCAUGACAACUGCCGCCGGUUCAGAUCUCUUUUAAGGUUACCAAAGAAUCUGAGGAAGGAUUGGUUGUUGAUGGAGAUUAAGGCGAGCGAAGAUUGA